AGGUGUCGGCCCGUUGUGCGUGCGACGUGUUGAGGGACGGAUUCUCGGAGAUAUUAGCGAGGUUAUCGUGCCAAUUCGAAACAAGGAAGACAUAAACACAAAUUUUUAGUUGAAUCGAAACACGUCACGUAGAUGAGCAACGCAGCCAUGUCAUCGACAGUGACGAAAACGAGCAAGUACGUGUAUCGAUCGACAGGCGGGCACGGCGCCGACAUCUCCAUCGAGUAUGGCACCGACACCGGCGCCUUCACCAGACUCGAGGACAAGAUCCGGUUGCUGCAGGAGGACUUGGAGUCGGAGAGGGAACUCCGGCAAAGGAUCGAGAGGGAGAAGGCGGAUCUGAGUGUGCAAGUCAUCCAAAUGUCCGAGCGCUUGGAAGAGGCUGAAGCUGGCACCGACUGCCAGAUCGAGUCCAACAAGAAGCGGGACAUGGAAUUGAUGAAACUGCGGAAGUUGCUGGAGGAUGUGCACAUGGAGUCUGAAGAGACUGCUCACAUGCUGCGCAAGAAGCACCAGGAAUCUUUGCAGGACCUCCAAGACCAACUGGACCUUGCCAUGAAAUCCAGGGCCAAGAUUGAGAAGGAAAAGGGCAAGAUGCAACAGGAAAUCUAUGAGCUGCUGAACCAGAUCGAGUCGUCGAACAAGGACAAGAUUACAGCAAUGAAGACUGCCGAGAAGAUGGAAAUCACGGUGCACGAGCUGUCCAUUCGCAUUGAGGAGCUGAACAGGACCAUCAUUGACAUCACGUCCCACAAGUCGCGGAUUUCGCAGGAGAACAUCGAGCUGGUCAAGGAAGUGCAAGAACUCAAAAUUUCAAUUGAAAACGUUUCUUAUGCCAAGAGCCAAAUCGCGACUCAGUUCGAGGACUGCCGUCGGCGAUUGGAGGACGAGGAACGGAGACGGUCCACCUUGGAGAGCAGCCUGCACACUGUCGAGAUCGAGCUGGAGUCCGUCCGCGUGCAACUGGAGGAAGAAGCAGAGGCCCGGCUGGACCUGGAACGCCAGCUGUCCAAGGCCAGCUCGGACGUGAUGACCUGGAAAAGCAAGUACGAGUCCGAGUCCACGGCCAGGCAGGAGGAGAUCGAAGAGCUGCGUCGCAAGUUCCACGUCCGCAUCACGGAGCUGGAAGAGCAGGUGGAGGCGUACAUGGCCAAGUGCUCGGGCCUGGAGAAGCAGAAGAGCAGGUUGCAGUCGGAAGUGGAGGUGCUCAUCAUCGACCUGGAGAAGGCCAAUGGCACUGCCCGGGAACUGCAAAAGCGGGCGGAUCACUUGGACAGGGUCAAUGCCGACCUCAGGUCGAAGCUGGAUGAACUGGGUGCUUUGUACGAACAGGCUCAACGGGACUUGAGGCAAAAGACCGCAGACAUCACCCGGCUGUCCCACGAGCUGGACAAAACAAAGGAGCACCGCGACCAAUUGCUGCGCGAGAACAAGAAGCUGGGCGACGAUUUGCACGACGCCAAGAACACUCUGGCUGAGCUUAACCGGCGCUACCACGAGAUGGAGCUGGAGGUCAGGCGGCUGGAAAACGAGCGCGAGGAGCUCAGCGCCGCCUACCGCGAGGCUGAAGCAGCAAGGAAGGCCGAGGAACAACGUGCUCAGCGUUUGGCUGCUGAACUUGCACAGCUCAGGCAUGACUUCGAGAAGAGGAUUGCUGAGAAGGACGAAGAAAUUGAGUCCAUCAAGAAGCAGAUGGCCGUGGAAAUGGAGUCGUUGAACGGACGUUUGGCAGAGGCCGAGAUCAAGCUCAAGACCGAGGUGACUCGCAUCAAGAAGAAGAUGCAGAUGCAGAUCACGGAGCUGGAAUUGUCCCUGGACGUGGCCAACAAGAACAGCAUCGAGUUGCAGAAAACGUGCAAGCGCCAAUCCCUGCAAAUCACCGAGAUCCAGAACCAUUACGACGAGGUCCAACGUCAAUUGCAGGUGACACUGGACCAGUUUGGCAUUGCUCAGAAGCGAAUCACAGCACUGACAGGAGAGCUGGAUGAGAUGAGGGCCGCCCUCGACGCCGCCAUGCGAAGCAAGCGCAAUGCUGAGCAAAUGUACGACGAGGCCCACUCCCGACUCAAUGAGCUCACCACCAUCAAUGUCAACUUGAGCUCUGCCAAGGCCAAGUUGGAGCAGGAAUAUGCUGCUUUGCAGGGUGACUACGACGAGCUGUCCAAAGAGCUGAGGAUGGCUGAUGACAGGUUCCAAAAGUCCACUGGCGAGCUGAAGCACACCGUGGACAUCCUGCACGAGGAGCAGGAACGCGUCGUCAAGAUCGAGAGCAUCAAGAAGAGCCUGGAGGUCGAGGUCAAGAACCUGACGAUCCGCCUGGAAGAGGUGGAGGCCAACGCCCUGAUUGGCGGCAAGCGCGUCAUCAGCAAACUCGAGGCCCGCCUCCGCGACCUGGAACUCGAGCUGGACGAAGAAAAGCGCCGCCACGCCGAAAGCAUCAAGAUCCUGCGCAAAAAGGAGCGUCAGGUCAAGGAGGUCAUCAUCGCCGCGGAAGAGGACCGGAAAAACGCCUGCCUCGCCCAGGAAGCCGUGGACAAGCUGUCCGAGAAGAUCAAGAUGUACAAGCGACAACUCAACGAGCAAGAAGGCAUGUCUCAGCAGAGCGUGACUCGCGUCCGCCGUUUCCAGCGGGAACUGGAGGCGGCCGAAGAAAGGGCCGACUCUGCCGAGUCCAACCUGUCCAUGAUCCGGGCCAAGCACCGCACUUUCGUCACCGCCAUGCCCAUUUCCGGCGCCGGCCAGCAGCAAACGUCCUACGCCAUCGUCGAAGAGCACCACCGCAGCACCACGCACGACGUGUCCUAUUAAAACUCGUCGCGAGCACGCAGUGGCGCCGCGCCCUUCAUUCGUCAUCACGAUGAUGCUCCAAUCAUGGAACCCGGCCACCCACUGCACCCUCCUCCGUCACACCCCCGCCAAGGCCUUUAUUCCGAAUCCGCGAAAAAAUAAAAUCACUCAAAUUCCAAUAAGAUCCGUCACGACCAUAUCAGGGAUGUCUGGUUACUACAUACGUACGUGGAGUCCAGGAUAAAUUUUCAGACCCAAGUGCUGUUACCCGAGAUGAGGAACAAGCGUUUAAAAAAAUAAAUAGAGGGAAAAAUUUGUUGGCGGAAUUCACUGAAAGUGUGAAAAAUGGGUGAUGGUGCACAAUCAGUCGCCCUGUUCUGGAUUUGAUGCAAUAAAAUCAGAAUUCGAAAUCUUUUCAUGAUAAAAUGCAGUCAAAGGAGGAUACCAUGUUCCUUUUUUUGUAAGUACGUCAAAUUUUCAGUUUUUGUCGAGCUCAAUCAGUAAAGAAGAGCCUGGUAUAUAUGCUGUGGCCCAAAAAGGUUAUUUAAAAAUGUUUUCAAAAGCUCAAUUGAUGGAGAAUCCAGAAAAAUAUUGAGGAAAUUUUCCACUUCACAAAAGAACCAGACAACCCCUCAUCGUCACUUGAGCGAAAUGUUCAAUCGCGCAAAAAAAGUCACGAAAUGGCAAAAUUCGCGCAUUGCUUUCCCUCGCGCAAAAGAAAAAAAAAGGCGUCUAUCAUGUCAGAGAAUUACGAGGAAAGCUUACAACAAUUAACAUCGAGAAUUAUUCCAUCAAAAAUGAUGCGGGAGAUUUCAACAAUUUCUCGAUUACUAAUUGCGCCGAAGGAAAAUGCCCAAAUCGCGGAUUCAAAGAAAAGGACGUAUACGUUUCGCGGAUUCGGACAGUGUACCAAUUUUUUCGAAAUCGACGAAGGAAAAAAAACAGCGACAGUGUCCGCAACUCGAGUCACUCCCUCUUCUCCAGUUAUUUCGGGUUUUCAAAUUAACUGUCGCUUCUUUCUUUUUUUGUUCUUUUGUUGUCCCCGUCGUGUACACCCAGAAACGUGUCGACUCUGUCUUCUUUCUUCUUGAAACCUGAUUAUCAACGUGUUCUUGCCUCUUUUUUGAGUCGCAGAGUGAGAGAAAGAAAGGAAGAAAGAAAGAGAGAGAGAGCAGAAGAAAAAAAUGAAAACGAAACGACGACGCAAACGAACUAUGAAGAAAAAAAAACACUGAUUUCGUUCAUUCAUUCAAUCAUUGGCUGAUAGAAGCAAUUGAGUGCGUUCAUUGUUAGUGAGCUGGAGCGGAAUCGAAAAACAAAACAAAAAAAUUAAGGAAUUAAGUGUUCAUUAUGUCUCACCACCGUCUCGUCGCGAGAGAGAAUCGAAUAAAGCUGCGAGGCUCCACGUUUGUUUUCCAACCUUUCCUUGCUCUUUCUUUACCUGCUCACCUUUUAUUUCUUCCUUCUGUGUAUUAUUAUUUUUUUGGGUCCUCUUUAAGGGAAUUAAAUGCAUUCUUUCUUUUUUUCAAA